GAAUGCACAAGAAUGUGGCGAACUUAUUAUUGUCUGAAGGUAAAUCUGGAUUUUUGUGAAACUUGAUGGAACUUGACCAAUGUAAAACCUAGAAAUUUGUUUAAAUUAUUUGUGUGCUCGAAUCAUUUGACUGGGUAAAGUCUAUUAGCAAUGCAGGAUAUAAUGUUUUCACUUCUCUAGCCUUUAAAAUCAGAAAACGGAGAACAUAGUACUACUUAAAUUGGUUGUUAACAUUGCAAUGCAGGAUGUAAAUUUUUAAGGUUAAAUAUAAUUUUUUGGAUUGUUAAUGGAAUGAAGCAAGGAUGUCCUCAUUUCUUCCAUAUCCGUCUCUGCCUUUGUCUUUUUCCCUUGCUUAUCAAAUUAUCAAUUGGUGACAUUGUAUUGAAUUGAGUAUGCUAAAAAGCACCUGUAAUUGUAGAUAAAGUUUGUGUCCUUGCAUCAAAUCUGCAGAACCACAGCGAUCUCUCCUUUGUAAAACUGGUAAUAAAAUUGAAUGCCCCCUCAAAUAUAGGCAUGCAUGAAACAAAAGCUAAUUGAGGAAAAAAAGAUGAAACAAAAACUAAACACUAAAGAGGAACAAUUCCUGAUCUUACACAUUUACUACUGCACAGACACAGCACAACCCCCUCUUUAUUUCAUUUCCCUCUGCAUUAAUCCGAGAGAAUAGUUGUUAGUUCCGGCUAAAGAGAGAGAGGAAGAAGAGAAAUGGCCAAACCAAAUUCCUUCUUCAUGUUCUGCUUCGGAGAUUUUGCCACAAAACUGGCUGUCCCAACUACGUUCGUAGAGGAUCACGGAUUGCAUCGUCGAUGUCAAGUGUCGCUGCGCCUCAUAACCCAACCAGCGGCAGCAUCUUGGGCCGUCAAAAUCAGGAAAAUCGACAGCGAUUUCUACAUGGUCGAUGGUUGGUCCAAGUUCGUCGAGGACAACCACAUCCUCGAAAUGAAGCUACUUAACUUCCACAUCGUUGGAAAUUCCAUUCUCCACGUCGCCAUUUACGGCCAUGAUUCCUGCCUUGAACUCGAAACAGAGCUACAAAGUGUAGAGCAGCAAGUAAGGCAGUUGAGAUUCAUUAAGAGAGUGAAGGAGUACCAUAUCUUAGAUCAAAGACCGGAGAUUCCAAAAGAGUUUUCGGAUGCUAUGAAGAUGGGAAAUAAGGGGAAGAUACUUCUAAAGGAUUGGAAGGGAAGGAAGUGGGCGAUCAGCAUAACACAUCGGAAUGCUGGGAUUUGUGCUUUUAGCGCUGGAUGGAAGAAAUUCCUCAAUGCUAACAACUUGGAGGUUGGAGCAAUCCUGCUCUUCGAUUUUGACAUGGAGGAUUCUAGUGAUGUGCUUAAGGUUGUGUGCCUCGGAGCUCAAGAUGGAGAAGAAAUGCUCGCUCGAGCUACUUAUGGAGGCUUCAUCCCCUCUCACUAGUUAUUACUAUUGAGCAUAUUUGGAUCUCACAUUGCAUUGAUAUAAUAGGGUGGAUUGUGGGUUGAGUGAGUGUAACAUUGUUCUUCCCUUUCAGUGCCAACAUGUUGUUUACCAUCUCAACAUUGUACUAACUAAUGGUGUGCAUCGAACACAUGGAUUAUUAUGUUCAAGAGUACUCUCUUUUUUUUUUA